AUGACUUGGUUCAAAGGCUGUGCUUCCAAUCAAAAAUCGAAGCGACUACGUUUUUUUCUGUUAGCCAGUGGAAUUCUGGUAGUUAUUGGAGUAACUGUAGCUAUUAUAGUGGUUGUUAUUAAAUCUAAGUCUUCAUCGAAUUCUCCAACACCUGAUAACGUUCAAAGAUCGAUUGCUCCUCCCUUCAAUAUCACGUAUCUGUUGAGUGAUUCAUUAACGAAUUCAUCGAAUCAGCUCAAAUUUAGUCCAGACGAACGUUCACAGAUUGCCCGUGAUUUCGAAUCGAAUCUUAACUUAAGCACGAGAAAUGUCUUAGAAAUUCGUGAUAUUAUCUACACGACCGCAAUGGGAAAUAAAUCUACAUCUCGACGCAAACGAUCGAUACAAUGUGAUCAAGAUGUCAAUGGAAUGAGUGGACCUGCAUUGUCGUUCGAUUUCAAUUUAAUCAAGCCAAAUGAUCCGUCAUGCCAAAAUCAAACUUGCAUUAGCAAAAUCUUAUCAGAAAUUUAUAAAAACUUUCGCAAUAUUCGAUCAUUGAUAAUUAAUUCAAAAAAUCAACAAACAAGAUUACGAUUAUGUUCAGUUGGCUCGUUGCCAGUGACAGCCGAUGAUUUCGUUGAAGAAACAACGAUAACUACACAAUCAUUCACAAGCAUCAAACAAACAGCAAUGCCAUCUACAACAACAUUGACAACUGUUCCUCAAACAACAACAGCAACCACACAAAUGUUCACGACUGCCGAAUCCACUAUGACAACAUUAAACUUCACAACUUCUCAAGUGUCAAGAAUGAGUACAGUUUUCAAUACCGAAACAACAAUCAUACUUCCUAAUACUACCUCGAAUAACACUCAACAUAACGCCGAGAUUUGUAUAAGAAAACUUCCAUUGCUUCAAGAGCAAACAUCGCCCUAUAGAAUUUCUCUUACAAGUACUUUAUUCUACCAAGAUGAACACAUCCUAGUUGUUGUUGGUGCAUCCAAAUUCGAAAUCACUCUUGAUAUGCAAACCAAACAGCAACAUAUCGUCAUCAAUGGUGUAAUGGCCUACAACAAAUGUCAACGAACAAUCGAUCUUUCGCUACCAACAAAUAUCUAA